CCAGAUUGCGACAAGACGCACCAGCGAUGGGGCUGGCCAGACUCGCCGCUGGCUUGACGCUAUGGGCGGCAUGGAUGCCUGCUCUUCGGGCCAACUUUACUCUCCCUUCGGAUCCGGCCACGAUGGAACUGGCUGGGAAGUUCCAGGAUUUUUUGGAGAAGUUUGGCAAAACCUACAACAGCCAAGAAGAGAUGAUUUACCGCUUCAAGGUCUUCGCACAGAACAUGGAAACGAGCCAGGUCUUGCAGGACACUGAACUGGGGACUGCACAAUAUGGGAUCACCCCUUUCAGUGACUUGACAGAAAGUGAGUUUGCGAAGAAGUUUGGAAACCCGGUUUUGAAGGCUGUGCCGUUUGGGCCAAUGGAGCCGCCCCGUAGCUUCAUGGGGGCACCCCGAUUCUGCGACUGGAGAAAAAAGGGCUUGUCUCCAGUGAUGGACCAGGGAGAGUGCGCGUCCUGUUGGGCCUUUGCAGCCGUCUCCAACAUAGAGGCGUUGUGGAAGAUUCACCGAAAUGUUAACUGCAGCCUCUCCGUGCAAGAAGUCAUCGACUGCACAUACCACCCCCGAGGAGGCUGCGUAGGGGGCUAUGUCUGGGACGCGUUUCAGUACGUCGUCAACAACAGUGGAUUGGCACCGAGCACAUUUUACCCUUACAUUGGGGAAAACCACCGCUGCCUGAAAUUCAAGAAGCAAAAACUAACCAAGAUUGAUGGUUACAGCAUACUUCCAAGGGAUGAGAAAUAUAUUGCUAAUAUGGUGGCCACCCAGGGUCCCGUGACGGCUUUGAUAAACGGAAAAAACCUGCAGCAUUACCGAAACGGCAUCAUUCAGAGGUCCAAGGUGAGCUGUGACCCUAACUGGCGUGACCACGCGGUCCUUAUUGUUGGCUUCGGUGAAGGUAAAAUCCGACGCGGUACCUGGAGUGGAUCAUACUGGAUUAUCCAGAACUCGUGGGGAAAACACUGGGGAGAAGAGGGCUAUUUCCGGAUGGACAGGGAUUCGAACACCUGUGGGAUUGCCAUGUCUGUCACAACAGCCACCCUCAAAGAUCUGGGAGGACAGAAGCCGGCUGUUUGUCCUAGAUGAUGGUGUGCGUGCAUCUGUCUGCCUUUAAGGCAACCGCUUUGGAGCCCUCAGCCCUAUUAAUUUUCAAGCUUUUGCAACCUGGUGCCCUCCAGUAUUGGCGGCCUGACACGUCUUGAUUUUCCUCUGAAUUAUUCAGUUUCUUUAAAAUGCAGGGUCUCUCGAAUUUUUCCUAAUUUUAAGAGCAGCAACCGAUGAGUAGUGUAACUUUUCAGAAUUGCUAAGUACAGCACUUGGAGAAAUGAUGGACCGAAUCUCCAGUUUUGGUGCAAAAUCUUUGUGU